UUGUCUUCGUGCUCGUUGACAGCCAAACAUGGCUGCGGCGUCAAAGGUUUUUCUAAGGGUGAGUUUAGUAUGAUUGUGAACAAUGUUUCCUUAAAACUGUGGUGAAGACUCAACACCGGACAUGUCAGAGAAAGAGGCCGCUAAAGGGAAGGAGAGUCCCGGGGAAAAAGGCUACCGGACUCCCGGGCUGAGAGGAGCAAAGACUACCACACUGUUCCGAGCAGUCAACCCUGAACUCUUCAUUAAACCCAAUAAACCAGUGAUGGUGUUUGGCCUGGUGACCAUCACCCUGUGCGUGGGUUACCUGGGUUACCUGCACGCUGUGAAAGAGAACGACCAGGAGCUCUAUGAAGUCAUCGACAGUGAGGGGGAGAGAUACAUGAGGAGGAAGACUUCCAAGUGGGACUGAUGGAAUCUUCUCCAUCCUCUCUCUGUGUGUGUGUGUGUGCUGAAAGGACAGAGUGACUGAACCUGGGACACCUGUGGACACCUGUGGACUUUCCAUCAAAUAGUGUAAACAUCACAUCAAAGCUGACAUUUAUUUCUUGGUUUUAAUGAAUAUCAUGUUUUAAAUGUUGGCCACGUAACAUGACAUGGGAAUACCUGUGAGUGAUAGUUUUUACUAUUUGUGAAAACUGUUUAUUAAUGACAAUUAGAAAAUAUUCAAUUAUUAAAAGCUUCAGUUAACCUGAGCAUUGUUUUGUGAAUGUGAGGAAAUGAAUGAGUGAUAGUAAAGCUAAAGCUACCGUCAUCACUUCACACUAUAUUACUGUGGUGUGAAGCACCCACGAUUAUGGACAUUAUACUCACGAUUUUGUUUUAAAGUUUUGAUAAUAAAAAAAAUACA